UAGAGGGAGUGAGGGAGUAUGCUGCCGCUGCUGCCAGCGGAAAAUGGCUGCUGUAACCUCGAGCCCAUCCUGAUACACGGCAACGGCGUUAAGGUGGAGAGAGAGAUAAGAAAAUGAGACCAGAGAGUGAGAUAGAGAGAGAACGAGAGAGUGAAAGAGUGAGGGUGUGAGUGCGCGCGUGUUCCGGAGAGGGGGUAUCUAAAAGACAGGAGACGGUGGCAGGGAGCUCGAAGCGGAGGCUACUGCGAGACAUGGAGGGCGAUGUGCGUGUUCGGGCCGUCGUGAUGACACGUGACGACUCCAGCGGUGGCUGGGUGCCCCUGGGGGGCGGCGGCCUCAGUCAUGUGGUCAUAUCUAAGGGGAGGAGCCAGGAAGGAAUGGGGCGGAGGGAAUACGUUGUACGCGGAGAGCGGCUGCGCGAUCGAGCACCGGUGCUGGAGUGUGCAGUACAGAGGGGACUGGUCUACAACAAGGUGAACCCCAUCUUUCACCACUGGCGUGUGGAGGAGCGAAAGUUUGGCCUGACGUUCCAGAGUCCUGCUGAUGCCAUCUCCUUUGAGCGCGGCCUGCAGGCAGUCAUUGACAGGCUGGAACGGGGCUCUGACUCCCCUUCCUCCUCCACGCCUGAAGAGGGCGACACUGAGGAUGACGGUCAGGCAUCUCAUACAGGAAGUGAGUCAUCGUCCAACAGCAGGAAGGAGAUGCUACCCAAGCCUGUCACCAUAGUAACCAGUGAGUCCUCCUCCACCUGUUUCGUACGCUCCACCUCCGAGGAGUUUAGCUUCGGAGCGUCUCACGCCAUCACGUCCACCACACCUGCCCAGAUUCACGCCAGGCCCACGCAGCAUCAACUCUCCCAGGUCACGGCUGUACUGAACCCCCCCUCCCCACCUCCACCUCCACCUGCUCCUCCGACCCCACCAACGGGGCCGCCUGCCUCCUCCCCCCUCUCCCCCACCAUCUCCUUACUGGAGGAGGGUGACCUGCGCAGCCUGGACCCCUGCAAGGACCUGUGGGGUUCCCGUGGGUAUGAGGACUAUCGGCGGGCUGGUGCGGCCCGGACCAUGGUGGGGGGUCUGACUGGGGGGGUGGUGGUCGUGGGCGGGGGGGGUGUGCAGGACAAGUCCACGGAGCUGUGCGUGGUGCGCUUCGAGAAGGAGCUGUCCGGUGUGGGCACGGCCGGCUGCGAGGUGGCGGUCAGCCUGGACAGCAAGGGGUCCCAGCGCCUCUCCUCGUCCUCCUCGCCCACCUGCGUGGCGUCCAUGCCCAACGCCGUGUCCGGGGGGUCAUCGGGCGCCGGCUCGCCCCAGGAGACCGGGAAGGUAAGCCCCUCCCCCUGCUGCAUCCACACCUCCCUGGCCACGCCCCACUCACGGACUCGCAAGCGAGGAGGCGGAGGAGGGGCGGCGGCGGGAGGCGGGGAGGCCGGCGACCCGGCCAUCUCCCCGGACGAGGACAGCCCGUGUCCGGCGGGGUCGUCUUCGUGUUCGUCAAGGUGCGUCUACUGCCGCUCGGUGUUCAGCCAAUCAGAGAACGGGCGCGGCCGCUGCCGGGACGCCCCGGACCCCGCCCUACACUGCCUGCGUCAGUGGACCUGCGUGUGGUGCGCGGAGAGCCUCCUCUACCACUGCAUGUCGGACUCGGAGGGCGAGUUCUGGGAGCCGUGCUCGUGCGAGGACUCCCUGGGCGAGGGCCACCCCCACCCCCUGUGCUGCGCCCGCUGGCUGGCCCUCCUCGCCCUGUCCCUGGUCGUACCCUGCAUGUGCUGCUUCCUGCCCCUGCGCGCCUGCCUGCGCUGCGGAGAGAGCUGUGGCUGCUGCGGCGGGAAGCACAAGGCUGUGCGGUGA